GGCAGGAAGGCUUGAGCCUGACAGCCAGGAGCGCCACCGCCCACCGGCUCGACGGUUUCACCCCCAAUGAGGACUGCGGCCAGCUUCUCCGCGACUCCGCUCUCACCCAACCCAACGCGGGGGCCCCGCCGGCCGCUGGACCUGGUAGAGAGGCUGGCGCGACCGUGCAGCUGCUCGGAGCCUCGGCUAGGCGGCCAUCAUCAUACGAGAUUUGACAAUCAGCAAGGACUGGUAAGAAGAUGCUGAAGAAAUUGUUGCCAAAGACUAAGAGCAAGAAGAAGAAGGACGCAGCCUCCUCUGCGAUACCCACGUUGGAUCGGCUCCAUGAGACUCUAGAAAUGCUGGAGAAGAAAGAGUGUUUCCUUCAGAAAAAGUGUUCUGCUGAAAUAGAAAAGGCUAAGGAUUAUACAAAAUCGAAGAAUAAGAAUGCUGCAAUUCAGUGUCUAAAGAAAAAGAAGCUGUACGAGACACAAAUUGAACAGCUAUCAAAAUUUCAAUUGCGAGUUCAUGACCAGAUUAUAAUGCUUGAAAGUGCAAAGGCAACUACCGAUACUGUUGAUGCUUUGCGUUCUGGAUCAUCUGCUGUCAAAGCUAUUCAGCAAUCACUGGACAUCGAUGAUAUUGAGAACGCCAUUGAUGAGGCAAACGGACAGACAGAAAAUAUGAGGCAGAUACAAGAGGCACUUGCAACACCAGUUGGUGCUUCUGCUGAUUUUGACGAGGAUGAGCUAGAAGCAGAGCUGGAAGAUCUGGAGGGGGAAGAGCUCGAUGAAGAGUUGCCCGCACCACCAGCGAGGAUAUCUGCACAUGUGGAACCAUUAACAAAGCAAACAUCAUCUUCUAAGCAGCGCAGUGAUUUGAGUGAACUGACCAAACUUCAGGCAGAGAUGGCACUUUAGUUCUAGCUUCCAGCUUGGCUGACAUCGGGAGGGAUCCUGGUGCUUACUUGUAUGAAUGCUGUAAAUGAUCCUGGUCAUUUGGAUCCGAUACGGUGCUGGUUGCGGACGCGAGGCAAUAUAUUUAUCUAUUUGGGGCUCCCAA